GUUGCUGGCCAGCAUUCGCUUCUCUUCUUUUGCCACCUUGACUCUUUCUUUUUUCGUCUUUGAUAGAUUUCUUUGAUUGAAAGUCCUACCUGCUUUGCAAGCCGUUCUACGACUUCCUACGAGUGCUUCCACGAACGAAGCGAAUUUCCUCCAUCUUUCGCCUGCCACGCCGACGACCUCGCUACAACUUCAAAUUUCCCUCUGCCCUUUUACCAAGAUACUGUUAUUAUGAUAUUCUCAAAGUCAGGCCGGACCAUCUUCCCACUGCUCCCCCCGUACGGAGCCCAUGUCCCCAAUGGAGCCCAGGGACGCAUAAUACCGCUUCACCCAGAUGGAAUUACACCUUAUCUAGGCCUUAGAGCCCGACUAUCUCAAGUAUGGAUCAACCGAUGGACUAUUCUGUUGCUUCUCGUCCUUGUCCGGGUCUUGAUGGCCGCUUCGAGUCUGCAGUCAGACAUGAAUACAGCCCAUCGUGAAGCUUUGUCAGCAUGCUCGAGCGUUGAAUCGAUGGGCAGCACGAUGGUUUCUAUGCCUCACUACCUAUCUCAAGGUGUCAAUGAACUCACAGCCUCUGGAGUCGACUCGGCGGUGAAAGGACUGGAGUCGAUGCUUCAACUUACUAUCACGGGCGUUGAAGAGCUGGUUAUCUUCUACAUCAAUGUGUUGUAUUCAACUUAUCUCUGUCUUUUUACCAUGGUUGUUCGAGGCAGUGUUCAUGUUGCAGCUUCAGUGAUAGAAGAUGCUGCCGAUUUCUUGAACUCGACGGUCAAAACUCUCGGUACUGACAUCAGCAAGGGUGUUGAUGACUUUGAGGAUGCUUUUAACAAGUUCCUCAAGGGCGUGAACAGUAUCGCCAGCACUGUUGGAGGAAGUAUUCCGUCUCUUAGUAUUACGAAAUACACCGAUAAACUGGCGGACCUUUCACUUCCAUCCUCUAUCGACGAGAAGGUUGAUAAGCUCAACAGUUCACUGCCCAAUUUCAAAGAAGUCCAGAACAUCACCGAAAAUGUUUUGCGACUGCCCUUCGAAGAAGUCAAGAAACUGAUCAACGAAUCCAUGGGAAAGUACACUUUCGACCGCUCUCUUCUACCAGUCCCUGCCAAAGAACAGAUGACAUUUUGCGACGGUAAUGAUGGAAUCUCCAAAUUCUUUGACGGCGUAACAGAUAUAGUUCUGUUGGCGCGAAAGAUAUUCAUUGCUGUUCUUGUCAUUGCAGCAGUCCUUGCCUGUGUCCCAAUGGCCUGGCAGGAGAUCCGCCGAUGGCGCCAGAUGAAAGAACGUUCCCAACUGGUCCGAAAAGAGGCCCAUGACCCGAUGGAUGUUGUCUACAUUGUCUCCCGACCAUAUACCGCAGCGGCAGGAAUCAAAGCAGCCAGCAGAUCCAGCAACAGUCGCAGACAAGUUCUUAUACGCUGGGCCAUUGCUUAUGCAACAUCACCAGCGGCCUUGUUCGUCCUUUGCCUGGGCAUUGCCGGACUACUCUCCUGUCUCUUCCAAUUCAUCCUUCUUCGAGCUGUUGCAAAGACCGUCCCAGAACUGACCACCGAGGUGGGUGAAUUUGCCGACAAGGUAGUGGAUCGUCUACAAAACACUUCUGCGGAAUGGGCCAAUGAUGCCAACGGAGCCAUCAGCCACAUGAAUAGCGACUUGAACCAUAACAUCUUCGGCUGGGUCAACACUAGUACCGGGGCUUUAAAUGAUACCCUAAAUAGCUUUGUCGACGAGACUACCGGUGUCCUCAACAAGACCUUCGGAAAUACCAUUCUCUACGAGCCUCUCAUGGACGUAUUUAACUGCCUGAUUGGACUCAAAGUCGAGAGUAUCGAAAAGGGACUCACAUGGGUCCAUGACCAUGCACACAUCGACUUUCCCCUUCUACCCAACGAUACCUUCUCCCGCGGUGCCGCAGACAGCAUCGACAACAGCACCGACUCCUCAGACAGUUUCCUCGCCGACGCCGGCGACCAAACGAGCAACAAGAUCAGCGAAGUCGUCGUCCGCGUCGUCGACAAACUCGAAGAAGCAAUCAAAAUCGAAACCAUCAUCGCUGCUGCCAUCCUCGGAAUCUGGGUCUUUGUUGCCCUCCUUGGUCUCAUCCGCGCUCUGUCCCUCUUCUGGGGCCGCGACAAGAACCGCGGUGACGGUGGAGGCGCACCUUCCAUGAGCCAGCAUGUUCCUGACUCGGAGGGAUUCACCGAAAUACCAUUAACUGCGGUCCCGAACACGAACAUGAACACAGACAAUACCCACUCUCAUCAUUCUCAACCAGCUCCCCGGUACGAGGUUGCUAUGAGGAAUGGUGCCUCCGCAGGUGUACCGGCAACUGUGAGCGAGGCCCGGUAUGAAGACGAGAAGCUUGGAUUUGCUGGAGAGAGACAAUAUGGUUCUGCACUCCACACCGAUGGGUUUUCAGAUCUGAGAGGAAGUAGCUAUGUCGAGUACGGUAUGGAGAAGGAGAAGCGCUGA